GGCAGUGAAACCCUACACCAAGACCAAACCCCUCAAGCCAGCUUUCUCUCUCCCAAGUUAAACUUGUCUGCAAUGAAGCUAUUUCACCGUUUCCGCAAGAUUCUUAUGCGGCUCUUGUUUUCUCUUCCUUCUGGUGGAUCUCCUGGCACGUCAAGUACGGCUCCCAAGCAAAAGAACUGCGACAGGUUUGAUCCACCAAAGACUUCAUGCAGUUCAUAUUACUCGUCCCACUCGCAUUACAAUGAGGCCAUUGCUGACUGCAUUGAGUUCUUCAACAAGUCAUCACAAGAGGGGAUUUCGGAUGGUCGAAAAUCUGAUCUUAUGGUUUGAUCAUAUGCCUUGUUAAUCAAAUCGUCAAAUUAUUAUCUUGGCACCUACUCUCCUUCAUCAUAUUAUCUUGUUCUUUCCUUUGAAGUUUUUCUUUAUUAACACAUCAGUUUGUUCAAAGUAUUUGAUUAGUCUCUUCCUUCGUGGUUUAGAAAGAGACGUUGGAAACUUGGAAUGUUUGUUCUCUGUUUGUACAUUUAGAAAAAUCUUCAUAUUAAAAUGUUUUUGUUUGUUUGAUUUCCAUCCGGUUUGUUAGGGUUUCGAGUUCCGGCGGCCCGAGGCUCCAUGCAGAGCCUAACCACUUGGACCCAAACACUUUAAUGGUCCAACUGGGCUACUUGAAGGU